AGAACGAGAGAACGAGGAAAGCAAAAGAAGAGAUUCCACCAACAACCAAUUAAUUCCAAGAGUCUCGUCUGCGUACAUUUUGUCCUUGAGAUGGCAGCCAUCCCUCUUCUGACUCCACACAAGAUGGGAAAGUUUGAUCUUUCUCACAGGAUUGUUUUGGCACCACUGACGAGAACAAGAUCCUAUGACAAUGUUCCACAACCACAUGCUAUCUUGUACUACUCUCAGAGGACAACUAAAGGAGGCCUUCUUAUAACUGAAGCCACUGGGGUCUCGGAUACAGCCCAAGGAUAUCCGGCCACUCCUGGGAUAUGGACAAAGGAGCAGGUGGAAGCUUGGAAGCCAAUUGUGGAUGCCGUCCAUGCCAAGGGUGGGCUCUUUUUUUGCCAGCUUUGGCACGUGGGGAGGGUUUCAAAUUAUGGUUUCCAACCUAAUGGACAAGCACCAGUCUCUAGCACAAACAAAGGGAUUGCACCUAUUACCCAUCAUGACGGUAGUGUCGAAGAGUAUUCUCCUCCCCGCAGAUUAAGAAUCGAUGAAAUCCCUCACAUUAUCAAUGAUUUCAGACUUGCUGCUAGGAAUGCGAUCGAAGCUGGCUUCGAUGGAGUAGAAAUCCAUGGUGCAAAUGGCUAUAUUAUCGAACAAUUCAUGAAAGAUAGCGUCAAUGAUCGAAUUGACGAGUAUGGUGGAAGCUUAGAAAAUCGAUGUCGCUUUGCCUUAGAGAUAGUUGAAGCGAUCGUUAAUGAGAUUGGAGCUGAUAAAGUUGGAAUGCGACUUUCACCUUUCGCCGACUACAUGGAGUGUUGGGACUCAAAUCCAGAAGCCCUUGGGCUCUACAUGAUGGAGGCAUUGAACAAAUAUGGUAUUCUUUAUUGUCAUGUGAUUGAGCCCAGAAUGUCCAUUGUGGAUGGGAGGCGUCAAAUACCUCACAGAUUGCUUUUAAUGAGGAAGGCUUUCAAGAAAACUUUUAUUGCUGCCGGAGGAUACGAUAGAGAGGAAGGGAACAAAGUCGUGACUGAAGGUUACACGGAUUUGGUGGCCUACGGUCGUUUGUUCUUGGCUAAUCCUGACUUGCCUAAAAGAUUUGAGCUCAAUACUUCUCUCAACAAGUAUGAUAGAUCUACUUUUUAUACACCAGAUCCUGUUGUUGGGUAUACAGACUAUCCAUUUCUCGGGUCUACUGCAUAAAAUCUUGAGCCUAUAUCUUCUGCAAUGGUUUCUCCACAUAAUUUAUUGUACUCGUAAGGUGUGUUUCCUCUACCAUUGAGGUGGUUAUGUUUCUGGCAAUAAAAAAAAAAUGUAGUAUGGUGGUCUUUGGAGAGUGGUAUGGUACUUCAGAAUUGCUGCAGUAACCGAGAAAUCUUACUGCAAAAUAAGCAUUCAGCAAUCUUUCACCUAUUACUUUGCUCCAUUUUGUGGCACAAUUCACAAUGAUGAUUCAAA